UGUGUGUUUGUUUCUGUUAUUGCUUUUAAUACUAUCCACGUGUGAAAAUAGUGAUUCUGAGUGUCUAUACCGCGUUUCUACUAGGAGAAUGCCAACGACGCCAUUAAAAAUAGAUAUACUUGAGGACGGUGCUCGUCCAAGAGACUGGCAGCCUCGUAGGUCUCAGUACAAGGUGCCUCUGAGAUUAUUUCGAUUAUGCUUACUGGGAAUGAUUCUUCCUGCGGUAUUGGUGGCUGGGCCGAUAUACUUGCGAUAUCGUGUUUAUUGCGAGCAACUGUAUCCAUUAACCGUUUCCGAUCAAAGGCUUAUCGACGCGAAAGUAUCUACCACGUGGUGUCAAAGUCAAGUCAUUAAAGUUAAUACCACGUUUAACGCCUAUCUGAUGAAUGAUGAACCAAAAAUGGAAAACGAGUUUCUACCCGUUUCUAUGACAAGACAUUUGAUUUUAGAGGACGACAUGAAAGAAUAUUGGGGCUUCUAUCUUCUUCGUGGUAGUAGCGUUACUGUAUCCACUUGUGUGAGAUGGCCUGGUGCUUCUUUAACCAUGAUCCGCGGUCACAAACAUCUUCAUGAAUGUGCCUUCAUUGGUGACGAUAGCAGCGAAGAAUUGGAGGAACUCCUGGAAGUUGCUAAAGAGACCGGUUUCCUUACAGUGAAUGGUUCGCUUGAGAGUGAAAGUCCUAGCAAUGAGCCAGAGAAAAUGAAGAGAGUGCAGCAGGGUAUACAGUUUCAUCACAAGGACCAUGCUAACGCUUUAAACAGCUCGAAGCACACGAUGAACACCAUAACACACCAUUACAACAGUCACGAGUUGGAUGCCAAAGCUAUGAAAGUGAUACUCACGGAACUAUUCGCCAAAACGCUCGACACGAAAAAGAAGCAGAAGGAGAACCCUCAUCACCAUUACGAAGGAACCUUCGUGGAAACUGAUAACAUCGAGAAGCCGCCUACUCAAUAUCCCCAUGAUGAUUCACAGAAAACUAGGAACAAACAGAUGGAAAAUAUGUUCAUGAAAACUUUUGAAGAAGUCUUGAUGAAGAAAAAUGUAGUGAGUGUUAUGAACGACACAAGAGGAUUGAUAGAAAAACACCGAAAACUCCGGCGUGGAAAUCUUCUGCAAAGUCAGACGAGCAAAGAGAAGACGACAGUAAAUCCUGAAGAGAAGAUCGAAAAAGCGGAAGCUUCAUCCGCAGAAGUGCUUCGAGAUGUGUUGGAAAAAGUCAAUUCUUUGGGUUAUCGGGGUAAAAAGAUACUGAAAAAACUGAUGGUUGAAAUUGAGAAGAAGGGUACUGAGGGAGAAGCUCUAUGGCAGGCAGUGAACAAGACGAUGAACGAUCAGACACUUUCGGAUGCUGAGAAACGUAGAAGACGAAGAGACUUGAUUUUGUCUUCGCCUCUUCAUACGGAAUUAACGGAGGAAGAUGAAGAUGACGAUGCUGCUAUCGAGGAGGAUACAUUGCAUCCAGAUGGCAUAGCCGAGGACAGGGGUACCGUGAACGAGACGACGUUGAACGACAGAAGUAAUUCCGAAUUUUGGAGCUCGUUUAGUAGCUCCGAGGAACGGCUUUUGGAUUGCAAAGGACUGAUUCUGAAUUUACCUUUAACACCACAUCGAUAUUGUAUGCCGAAACACGAAAGCGAACAUUUGACCGCCUCGUUCGCUAACACGGUUACAUACAGAGUACCUACGAACGGAUAUUAUUUCUUCGUCUUCAAUUCUGAAAACGAGAUUCAGCCGAAUUAUUUACGAGUACGUUUCGACCUGCUGAAGACCCUCUACAAUAUCUCGAAUCCAGUACACGCCUGCAAGAAUAGCACGACAGAGUGUUCAUUGCCUUUCAAAAUCUUCAGUAACGAGAGGACGGUCUUAGAGUUGCCAUUGAGUGGCAAUGACUCACAAUGGAACGAAGAAUACGUGGUUGUCUCCACGUGCGAACCUAGAACGUCUAUUUAUUUGUUAUGCAUCAUAGCGGUGCCUUUGCUCAUCCUUAUAUUUGCGUUUCACUGACAGCACGAUGAAUCGGUAUGAGGAAAAGACAGUAUUGUGAUCUUGCGACGAGAACAGCCGCUGAAAAUGCUUGCUUGUAAAUAUGUUGUAAGUUUAAAAGCGAACCGAAGUAUGAGGACAGACCCUUGUUACAAUGGCAAUAACGCGACAGUAUUCUUCUCUUUUCACCGUAUCAUUUAACUGGUGGUUAUGAAUGUGACGUUAUAUUUGUGAUAGUUAAUGUAUUUAUACGUUAGUAACUCUAAAUGGAACAUCUUUUAAAUCGCGAUAUAAAUAAUCCAAAAUUCAGAAUCAUCAUAAUUAGACUGCAGACUUUUAUGUAUUUAUAGGAAAUUUGGAGGUGUAAAAAUGCACAGAAUGUACGCAUACUAUGCAGAGAUAUAUAAAAUACUCAAAAUAUAGUAUUGUAAUAUAUUGCAGCCUAAUUAUAAUUUAAUGUAUUAAAGCUAUGCGUUUACGUUAAAGAUACAUGUGAUAUGAAUGAUAGUGAUACGAAGGUGGUUAACGAAUUAUUAAUUGCAAUUAACACAGACGCUUUUUAACAUCCUUUGACGUUUUUAGAUCGUUAUAAUUCUACAAUCACACAUACACACAUAUGUACAUACAGUCGCCCCGGGAAGUAAGUUUACGCUCCUGCUAAAAGUUUAAAUGUAAAAUCUUUAAUUUACUUUCCGAAGAAACUGUAUGUAUAUAUUUCUAAUGCGGACUAUAUUUUUUAUAUAUAUUAUAUAGAUUAUAUAUAUUAUGUGAUAUACGUAUAGAUUAGAAUCGUAUAUUUAUUACGUCAACGAAUAGUGAGAUAUUCUAUUUUUCUUUUUUUUUUAUCAGUCGACAAAACCACUUUGUUGUAUUAUAUUUUAUCUUCAAUUGGCAACGUAAUUCCGAUCGAUAUCGUUCAUUUUCAAAUAACUUGUUUUCUUAAGUAUUGGAACUUUUUUCUGAACAAUUAUCAUUGUAUACUACGUUAUCAUGAUACACAAGCUUCGAGCGUCGAGUAAAGUUAAUCAUAUAAAUUGGGUAUUACCGUGGAUAAAUCAUCCUAAACUGUUUGUCACUGCUUCACUGACUUUAUAUAUUAUAAUGUAAUACGUUUUAACUUAUUACCGUUAUUCCAUUGCAUCGGACGAAUAUCCGUUUAUCAACCAACGUUAUUACCACUUUCCUACUUUCAAUGAUAUUAAUUUCGACCAGAUUGUACAGAUUAUUUAUAUUUUCAAUAAAAAAAUUCAGUAAUAGUA